AUGCAGACCACUUUCAACGACAAGAUCCCUACGGAAGAGGAGAGGAUUAAGCAGAACAAGGAGCGCGCACAAGCUGGCGAGCCUCAGUUGCCCGGAUCUGCUGGUCGUCAGACCGUCGCAGACAAGGACCCGAGCCGUGAGUCAUUGGGGGGCCCUUCAAGAGCUGAGCCCAACGUUCUCGCACAAUGUGAUGCGGCGCAAUCAUUCUUCACGAGCGAUGCAGCUCUGAUGUACAGUCCGCCCAAUGAUUGAGAGCCUCUGGCUACAUCUGCGUCAAUCUCAAAACGGUCCUGUCCUCUCUCCCAAAGGCCUGGGCGCGUGCACAGCCUCGCCAAGCCGUCACGAGCUGACUCGCGACCUCUUCACCUUCGCACAGAGCACGAUGCCACCACUGGCGGACCGGGCAGCGAGGGUCCCGCUCCAGUGACCAAGCCUCAAGUCUAAGUGCAAUGGGACACGAACAGAGGUGCCUUUGUGAGUAUCCACGAGCUACCUGCGCGAAGUUUGCGGCGAGCGAGUGACGUCGUGCGCUGAAGUACCGAAUUGAUGGUCAUGAUCCCCUUGCUUCUCGCAGAUGUACCUGCGUAUCAUCCAUCUGUCGCCUCGAUACGAAGCAUAGCAUAG